CGACGAAGUUCUCAUCAGCCUUUCGCUUUGAGAAAUUUCUAGCCAUGUUUGAGUGUGCACAUUGCGAAAAGAGCUUCGACUCUGAGAAGCGAGUGCAGCUGCAUUUGCGCUUCAUCCAUCCGAAUGAGAAGACAGAGUUCAAGAAGCCAGCCGGCAAAGGCGCAGUAGCUCCCAAUGCUCCCCCGUCAAGCUGUUUCUCCUGCUUUUCCUUUCUCAGCGACAGCACGACAGAUAGGGCGGACAAUGUGACCCCUGGCGACGAUCAGCACCCCAGUGCGCACGCUGCCAAGCGUGGGAAGCAAAAGACAAAGGUGGAGUACGAGAAAUCCACUGGAAAAGGCUUUGGAGCCAUGUGUUUUCUUGCCACAACCUUCCUGGGGUUCACAUGGUUGUCUCUUGUGCGAAGUAUACAUUGAAGGAACAGACGUUGGUUGAUCUUGAAAGAAGCGACUUCUAGGCCCCAACAGUUCUCAUCCACUUCAUUUAGCCCAGACCAGACCCAGUGGUGCCAAACCUGAUUUUAUUCCCAGCUAGCAGCAACAAAACGAGUGUUCCCUUCUGCUUGCCACUGGUGUUGCAGGGAAUGCAUUAGUGGACCCAGAGAACUGCUUGUGUCGCAAGGAUCCGUGCGUCGCCAGAUGCAUAUUAUUUCAUAUCAUUGUUUGCUGGGACGAAAAGUGCGCUUGGAAAGUGGAGCGAACAUGUUCGUUGCAAUAGAAAUUUCCUUUGCCCUUCGAAGUACGAAGCGCGCACCAAGGAGUGCAGACCUUGUAUGUGUGGAAGAAGCACGGUUUGUGUUUGUGAAGGGAUGGAUUUCUGAGAAGAUUUUGUUCAGCGUGUGCAAGAAGACACUCAGCUGAGCCGAGUUAUGCUCACCCGCUGGAAGCUUGCAAGCAUUUACAAUUUGCACUUUGUUGCAUAAUCAUGAUGUAAAAUGCAGGCGCGGUGAAAGCAGUGUUCCAAAUCGUUUCUAAUGGCAUUGAAUGGCUUUUCCGCUUUUGCACUGUUGCACCAGAAAUGCAAAAGAACCAUUUGUUCUCUCAAGCAAGCGAGCACGCCCAAUGCUGCGCGUGCGCAUCAACCAAAGCGGGAUGUGGACGUCAAAUCAUUUUAAUGUUUUUGACUGUGUUUCUGGAGAACGUCCAAAGUGAUUUGCAUAGACUGAUAUAAACUGACAUCCACAUCUGGGAGAUGUUCGCUUGAAGGCUAUCCAAGGCUAAGCAGUGCUCCAUUGUGUUGGAAACGUUUCCUGGCCUUCACUGCAGCGGCUCUUCUUCAAAAAGAAUGCUCCACUUACAUUGAAUCAAGCUUUUGCUCCAGCAUGCUCAGGAUCUUUUUUGCUUUACAAAACUCGUGAGAUGAAACCACUGGAAAAGAGCAGAGAGUAGCUUGCUUGUUCUUCAGAGCUUUAGUGCAAGCAUCAAAAAGCAUGGUCCAAGCCAAACAUGUCUCAGGCCGAGAUCAGUGGUGAACUUCA